AUGACGGAUAAUCCACAGCUGUGUACAGGACAGCAGCAACAGCAGCAACAGCAGCAGCAACCUCAGAUACAGACUCAAACAGAUAAUGAGACUCAACAACAACAACAUCCAGAGACAUAUACUCACUUUCAAGGAUGUGAACCUAAAGACGAGUCGUUGCCGACAGGUAAUCAGAGCAACACUGAUGUUGACUUUGAACUGCCGGCAUCCGCUACCAUACUACAAUCGCCUGUAACAAGUGCAACAAGAUCAGUACACGUUCAUCAAUCGAGCUCAGAUGAGGUGUCUGAUAUCAUUAGGAAGUGGCAACCAGAGACUGUGUUUAUUGAGUUGUGUAGGAGUAGGGCUGGUCUCGUCCUAAACAGUAUAGAUGCAUCUAAAGUGAACUAUCUCAACUCUACAUCAAGACAACGGAAUAAUCAAUCGUUCAUUCAUCAACAGCAACAACAACAAGAACAACAAGGUUUGAGUGAACAACAAGAUGCACUGGCGACGCCAAAGUCUUCGUCGGUGGGCAUCAAUGAUGAUGACCAGACCCAAACUCAGACUCAAUCAAACAAUAGCGAACAACAGACAACAUCAAUGAAUGAUGACGUGGAAGGUCAUCAAGCCUCCCACAACAACGACAUGUACAGAACAACAACAACGACAACAACUGAUGAUGAUGAUGAUCAGUAUGAAUAUCAUUCCCCAUCCGAGACACAUACAGAUACAGAGACAGAAACAGAUAGAGACACAUAUACAGACGCUGAUGACGAAGGUUCAUACGCAUCAGAGACACCACAUACUACAACUCCACCGACACCAGCCGAUAAUGGACAGAAUGGCAAGGGAGCAUCAUUCAAGGACAUGAUCAACACGAUCAAACAACAGGGACUGCCUGGAUUGCUGCACGUGCUGAUGGCCGAGAUGAUCAGGAAGGCGGGCGAUCAGAGCAAGGUGGGACCGGGCGCCGAGUUCAUCACGGCCUUUGUCGAGGCCAAGAAGAUCGGCGCCAAGAUCGUGCUGGGCGACCGGCUGGUGGAGAUCACACUGCAGAGGGUUUGGAACUCUCUGACGCGCUGGGAGAAGAUCAAGUUUGUCUACUGUCUGUUCAUGGCGUCGCUCACCGAGGUCACGCAGCAGGACAUUGACCAGCUGAAGAACAGCGACGAGCAGCUCGUGCUGGAGCUGCUCAACGAGUUCCAGGAGAAGUUCCCCUCGGUCGUCCAGACGAUCGUCACGGAGCGCGACCAGUACAUGGCGGCCAGGCUGCGUCUGUGUCCCGGCCGCAAGAUCGUGGCGGUCGUGGGCAAGGGUCAUGUCAGUGGCAUCGUGCGCGAAUGGCACAACUUCAACAUCAACCUCACAGAGUUGGAGUCGACCAAUGUACAGCCAAUGUCGAGGAAAGGAUCUUCUGGCAAUGACUACACUGGCUGGCUAACCAAAUGGGCAACAUUCCUCAUCAUUCCCAUUGCAUCAGUCACUCUCUACCUACUUCAUAAACGAUAUUGGCACUAUGUAUAG